AUGUCCCGCAGCAGCUGCAGCAGCACCGAGUCCUCCGAGUUUGCCUCGUCUUCAACCUUCCGUUUACACUCAAACGAUGACGACGACCCCGAAGUCAAAGAAGACCAAGACCACCAGUGCAACCUCCCGGUCCGUACCGUUGCCGCCGCCGGCGAACCCAGUCGAGGGAGAGGGCGACGUGUGUCGCGAGAUUCAGACAAAACAGCGCAAUGUGCGCGAAUCACCACGGAAAAUGAACGCGCGAGAACCGAGGCCGAGGCGGCGGGGUGUCAUGUCAAGGACUAUGCGACGGGAUAUGGCACCACGACGACCAUGACUUCUUCUGGCGGCGGGAAGGACUGA